UUGACCAAUGUUCUCAGUAGCUAUUUACAUACAUUUGUAUACGGACGUUUUGUUUCAAUACGAAGCAAUUUGAGAUACAUUGAAAUAAAGCGCGCGUUUAUUUCUAAAGAUAUGAGAUUCCUGUUGGCUAUCAUUUUAGUGUUAUGUUUGCAAAUAUGUGUCCACAGUCAAGAUGAUUACUGUUUCGGCAAGGACACGGAAAGACCUCAGACACGACACUUUACUUCGAAAACAGCCUAUCAGAUAAUUAAGGGAACGAACAUGGAAAAGGAGUACUUGGUUCCAGGAUGUAAAGCAACAAAAAUUUGGAUUUUACACCGACAUGGAACUCGAUUGCCAACAGUAAGCACCAUACAAAAGGCUCCAAGAUUAGAAAUACUUCGAGAUGAAAUUGUUAAAAACUACCGCGUUCGCCGUACAAAACCGGACACAAAUGCGCUCUGCUUAGAAGACCUCACUCUGUUAUCCAUGUGGAAAUGGAAUGCCAGUAUUACAAUUGAUCAAGAACAGUUUUUGACUCCACAGGGAUAUGAAGAUCUUAAAGGAACAGCAAAAACUUACCAAAGGUUUUAUGGUGAUGUUUUAAAUAAAAAUUACAAUAACAGCCAUUAUAAGUUCCGUCACACAGACACGCAACGCACUACAGAAAGUUUUAAGGCUUUUGUGGAAGGUCUCUUUGGUGUUAAUAACACUGUACAACCAGAACCAAUACCAGAACAGGAUUUGCUUUUACGGCCUUAUGACUAUUGCGAAUCGUGGAAAGCUCAUGACUACAGCGGAAUUAACUCUGAGAGCUAUAAAUUCAAGCAUUCAGCUGUCUGGAAUAAAACUAUUGAAGAAAUCUCAAAACGAUUGGGAUUUCAGUAUCCUUUGGAGUCAAGUGAUGUUGAAUUGAUGUGGGAUAUGUGUCGUUAUGAACAGGCCUGGCAAGUUGAUCGCAUAAGCGCAUGGUGUGCUGUUCUUACAUCUGAACAAGUUACCAUACUUGAGUACGAAGACGAUAUGAAGUACUAUUAUAAACUCGGCUACGGUUAUGAAGAAAAUACUCGACUUAAUUGCCGUGCUGCUCAGGAUAUGCUGACACAUCUUAACAGCGAAACUACACCUAAUGUUGUUGCUUAUUUUGCGCACACUAGUGGAGUGCAGACACUUCUAGCUGCUUUGGGUAUAGCAAAGGAUAAUACGCCUCUUACUGCCGCCAAUUACAAUAGGUCCGACUACAAAUGGAGAACUAGCAAUUUGGAUCCUUUCGCAUCAAAUUUUAUUGCAGUAAAGUAUGAAUGCAACGAUAACAUGCCCGAUAAGGCUAUAUUCUUUCUUAAUCAAAACGCUGUGGAAUUGGAUUGGUGCGAUGGUAGUUUGUGCGAUUGGCCUGAAGUUUUAAAACAGUAUCAAUCACUUUACACCGCUGAUUGCAGCAAUUUUUACUGUGCGGGUGCAAGUGCUGUUUCUAUAGUAACGUCAUUAUCUUUGUUGUUAUUUUGUACAUUUAUAAUCUUACGCUUAAUGUAUUAA